UGAGGCAAACCUCAUAAGCUCAUGCUCAGGUGAACUCCUUUGCUCAAACUCUUGGUGCUCCCUCUUCCUGCUUGCAGCCAUGGCCUUCCAGCCUAAUGUGGUGACCUCUCAGUCUCACGUGACCGUCAAACAGUACAGCGUGUCCUCUGGUGUGUCCGACUGGAGUACAAACGUGUGCGGCUGCUGUGACGAUUGCGGCAUUUGUCUGUGUGGUACCUUUGUGCCGUGCAUCUUGGGCUGUAAGGUGGCCCAGGACAACGGGGAAAGCUGCUGCCUGCCCUUCCUCCCUGGAGCACUGAUCGCUUUAAGGACCAGUAUGCGGAGCAAAUACCGCAUUGAAGGAUCAGUGUGUGGCGACUGGAUGGUUAUGGCGUGCCUGCCCCAGUGUGGAUUGUGUCAAAUGGCACGAGAGCAACAGAUGCGAGAAUAAGAGGAGCACAAGUAAUUGACUCUAACUAAAACAUGAAUUUAGUUUUUACAUAUUGGACAUAAUUUCAGAGUAUUGUUUUUCUACUGAAGCUGUAACUCAAAAGGUGCUUCAAAUUCAUUCACACAUUUGAUCCUAGUGACAAAAAUAUGUCAGCUAUGAAACGAAUCGAUCUUUUAAAAAAACUGCUGCCUGAAAUAUGCCACUAUUAAUCAUAUUUUUGGAGUUUUUAACCAUUCAAAAAGGCAAAUAUAUUUACAUAAUGCCAACAUUUUUAAAACAAAGCUAAAACAUACUUUAAAAGACACACCAUUCUGCAGUUCGGUGUACAAAUAUAAAACGUAAACAUUUAAAGUCAUUAGUCCAAAGUCCAUGGAAAUCUUAAGACUAGAGAUUUCAAUUUUUAUGUUAAGAUAAAUGUGAGAUCAAAAAUAGCAUUUUUUUUCUGUCUGGCCAUUUUAGGCUAAUUUAAGGAACAUAAAUGACAAUUCUAAAACGUUUGUAAAUAUAAAAAAAUGAAUA